UUGGCAGAGCAUGAAUUCAAUCAGACGAUCUAAAACAUGGCAGAUUUCCGCUGUCAUAUCUGAUAUUCUGAGGGAAGACGAAAGAUAUGUCAAGAAUGUAGAAACAUUGCUGCGCUCUGACCAUACUUUACCGUUCAUUGCCAGGUACCGGAAAGAAAUGACUGGUGACAUGAGCACUGAAAAAUUGUACAAGAUAAAAGAGCAAGUUAAUCGGCUAGACAAUUUAAGUAAAAAGAUUGAGAAGUCCAUUACCGAUAUCGAGAAGCUUGGCAGUCUUACUCCUCAGCUAAGUCAAGCAAUCAGUUCAUGUACAUCUACUGCUAUGUUGGAACAAGUUACUGCAGCAUAUAAGCCUGAUAAGAAGAAAUCAAAAGCAGAACAAGCUAAAAAUGCUGGACUGGGAUCUGUUGCAGAACAGCUUAUAAAUGGAUAUCAAAUAGAUUUCAAAUCCUUAGUGGGAACUCAUGCAAAUCUCAAGUCCGUGAAGAAUGUUGUGGAAGGAACAAAAGAUAUUCUGAUCGAUAUUGUAAGGACCAAUAAAUUCGUUUUAGAAUGGUGUGAGCGUGUCAGCAAAGCUAAAGAUAAUUUCAUUGAAUGCUCUAUGUCUAAAUCAAAACAAGAAAGUGAUGAUAAAAAAGAUAAAUUCGACCAGUACUUUGAUUUCAAAAGAAACACUGGCAGUCUCAAACAUUUUCAAGUCAUGGCCAUCAAUCGAGGAGAAAAGCUAAAAGCCUUGUCAGUGAAAAUCAAUAUUGCAAAUCAUGCUGAAAAUGUCAUAAAAAGGGAGUGCAUGAAGGUUCUAAGCAAAGUUUGUGACAAUAAUUUGAGGAAUGAAACAGUAAACGAUGCAUGCUCAAGACUUAUAUUUCCUAUGGUUUGUCGAAGAAUUCGAUCUUCAUUGACAGAAGGAGCUGUUGAAAGCUCUAUAGAUGUGUUUGCAGAUAAUCUGAAGCACUUACUCCUCACCAGACCAGUUAAGGGAAUCAGUAUUAUGGCACUUGAUCCAGGGUACAAACACGGAUGCAAAGUAGCUGUUUUAGACAAACAGGGGAAUGUUUUAAAAACAGAGGUUGUCUAUCUUCAACUUUCUGGAUCUGUCACUAAAAAGGCUUCCAGAUUUAGGAACCAAGAUGAAGCUAAACUUCAGAAGCUCCAAGCUGAGUUAGGAUUCAAAACAAUAGCUAUAGGAAACGGUACAGCUUGUCGGGAAACUGAAACUACAAUUGCGAGAAUGAUUAAAGAGAAGAUGUUGCGCGAAGGAACAAAGUACACAGUGGUAGAUGAGCGUGGUGCUUCUGUUUACAGUGUCACUCCCCUGGCUCAGCAAGAACUACCAAAUCUUGAUACCAACCUACAGAGCGCUGUCAGUUUAGGUAGGCGUGUGUUGGAGCCAUUGUCAGAGUAUGUGAAAAUAGAACCCCAACAUCUAGGAGUGGGACAAUACCAACACGACAUAGCACAAAAGAAACUGAGCACUAGAUUAGAGGACACUGUCAGCGAGGCUGUAAGCUUUACUGGUCUUGAUAUCAAUACAUGUAGCUUACACAUGUUACAAAAGAUAGCAGGUCUUACCAAAGCUCGUGCUCAGGCUAUACUCGAUACCAGGUCUUCUAUCGGACACUUUCACAAUCGUGAACAGAUAAAAUCGAUCAAAGGGAUUGGACCAAAAAGUUAUGAACAGUGUAUUGGUUUCCUCAGAAUCUACCCUGAUCAGCUGACAGGAAGUUCUAAUGACAAGAAUGGAAAUGAAGAAGCAGGUGCAGCAGUAAAAGGUAAAACUGGUAAAAGAAAGCUCACAAGCUCCAGCACAGGAACCAAGUCUAAGCUUCAGAAGCUGGACGUCAGCUUCUUGGAUCAGACUUCAGUUCAUCCUGAGAGUUACCAUAUUGCACGUACACUACUAAGAGAGCAAGGUUUGAGACAAGAAGAAAUUGGCAGUGAAGCAUUUGUGGCCGCUAUGAAACAGUUGAAACCAGGUGACAUAACAGAAGAAUGUGACGAAGGAACUAAACACUGUAUCCUAACUGCGCUCUCACAAAGAACAGAUACAGACUACAGAGACCAGUUUGCGCGCCCUAUCUUCAAAUCUAACGUGCUCUGCGCGGAGUCCCUCACUGUCGGCACAGAGUUGGAGGGGCGCGUUAGUAAUGUCACACAUUUCGGUGCUUUUGUGGACGUUGGCCUUGAAAGGGAUGGGCUGAUUCACAUUAGUAAAAUGAACCGAAUGACUGUGUGUCUGGGGAAUAGGGUGAAAGUAAGGGUUGAGAAGAAGGAUCAUAAGGGUAUUGGUCUUUAUCUGCUGGAGAUCUUAGGAUAGAUAUGGUAGGAGGUACUGCAGAUUUGGGGCCUUGUUUGUUUAUCAAGAAGAUACGUUCAUUGUUUUAGCAAAGUUCAAAGCUUUAUUUUUAUAAUUAUUUAUUUUUAUUAAUGUUUCGUUUGGUUAUUCCUUGUUUACUUUCAUAUCAACCAUAUUUAAAUUAAGUUAUAUUGUACUGAUAACAGUUUGAUAGUUUUAAUUUAUUUAAUCACAAGUAUCUAAUACUUCAUUUCUUGAAGAUUCUAUGUUUAAUCGUAUGGGUGAAUUUUGUUUUUAUGAUAAAGGUGUGCUGCACUGUUUAACUUAUUACCGAUUACAAUAAUUGACACGCUGUUUAAAAAAACGAAUGACUCUCAGUCACUGCUAGGAUACAAGGAUACAAGGAUACAAGGAUACAAAUCUGCUAUGUUCAUGCUACUAAUACCGAAUCAGUUAUGAAUGAAGGUGGUUUUUUAACGAUC